AUGGAUUUUGAUGUCUUCAUGAGAGUUGUAGAGAGUUAUACCCUUGACACUCAGGCACUGACGUCGUACGUGACGAGGAUCGAGUGGAUCGAAGCCGACGCGCGCAACACCGACGUGAAGAUUGACGUCCGGUGGUACUACCGGCCGGAGGAGUCAAUCGGCGGCCACCGCCAGUUUCACGGCUCCAAGGAGGUUUUCCUCUCCUAUCACUUCGAUGUUCAGAGCGCCGACACAGUCAAAGCCAGGUGUACGGUCCACAGCUUCAAGAGCUACACGAAGCUCAAUGCUAUCGGAAACGACGAUUUCUUCUAUCGUUUUGAGUACAAUUCCUUCACCGGCGCCUUCAAUCCUGAUAGAGUUGCUAUGUGA